AUGUUUGGAAUGCCAAACACUCCGGAGGAAGUUGCACACGGAGAGGAAGAGAUGAGGGUGCUUGAGUGGAGAGGCGAGCAGCGGCGGCUGUUCAUGAUGAAAGGCGACAAAAAGUCUGAAGCCCUUGCUGCUUUGCGCGACCCCAAGGUUUAUUUGUCAACCAUCAUUCAAUUUUGUCAGGAUAUCCUCAUGUACGGGUUUUCCACAUUUUUACCCUCCAUCCUAAAGAGCGACCUUGGCUACACUUCGCUGCAAGCGCAGUAUCUGACAGUCCCCUGCUACAUGUUUUCUGGCACUGUUUUCAUUCUGGCGGCCAGAGUAUCUGACAAGACCAGAAUCAGGGGGCCGCUGAUCAUACUCCUGGACUUGUUUGGCAUCGUCGGGUAUGCGCUGCUCCUCGGCGGCACAAGCAGCGGCGUCAAGUACUUUGCGUGCUACCUCAUCUGCAUGUGCCUGUACGUCCCGGGCCUGAACGAAGCGUGGCUGGCCACGAACCUGGCGCCGCGAUUCAAGAGGGCCGUGGGUCUGGGAAUAAACCAGACUCUGGGAAACGUCGCGGGCGUUGUGAGCGCGCAGGUCUACCGAGACCCUCCAAAAUACGUCCUGGGCCACGCAUUCACUCUUGGGUGCAUCGGAAUGGGAAUACUGUGUUCAGCGCUGAGCACGGUUCUGCUGGCUCGUCGCAAUAGGGCCAAUAUAAGAGCUUGCGAGACAGGCGUGGACGGGCGUGGGAUCAAACGAGACAUUGGCGACGACUCGAUCGAGUUUAGGUUUGUUACGUAG